CCCUCAAUUUCCUCCGCGGUGUUUCAAAGGGUGACGAUGCCGCGGACCGAAACUCCCAGCACCCCUAUGGGCAGCAUCAGGCGGCUAAGUUUGACCUGCCUCUGGCGGUGGUGCUGGCGGGAGCUUCCUUUGAGGCGUACCUGCAGCCCCAGGAAACCGGCAUGGCCUUCCAGCAGCGGAACAUAAAGGGCCCCACGGUUACCUUCACUGACAAGGCCUUCCUCACCGAAACCUACACGGGCGUGCUGAUUGUCCAACUGAUGAGCGCAACCAACCUCCGAGCUGCUGACGUCACCGGCUCAUCCGACCCGUACGCCGUACUGUCCCUGGGGGAGAGCUCCUUCCGCUCCUCCACUAUCUCCACCUCGCUCAACCCGCAGUGGGACGAGCAGUACUGCAUGUACAUCAAGGAUCCGGCCUCGGAAGUAUUGCGUGUACGACUGUACGAUGAGGACAUCGGCAAGAGCGAUGACGAUCUGGGCGUGGCCAUGGUGGGUCUUGCGGAGUUGGUGGACAGCAAAGGCGUGUCGAAGACCUUCACCUUGCCAUUACGAGGCACGGGCGCCGGCUCGGGCGCCUCUGUGACACUGCGCUGCCAACUGCUGUCCUUCGCCGACGCCGACCCGGACCAAGUGACGGCGCUCACCUCCACCGUCACCACAGCUCCCUCCCCUUCGGCUAUGGCGGGACUUCAGGUCGCCGUGGGGUUUUGGUGUUCGGGUCGGGUUGCUGCUUCAGCGGCCAUCUCCUCCUUGUCCGGGCAGCUCGUGACGGCGGUCAAGGAGGUGGUGGCGCCCGCGGCACCGGCAGAGGAAGGCGAGGAUGCCGCCAACCCGACAGAUGAGGUGGACGACAGGGACGGCGGCAACACCGCCGCUGACGACAGCAGUAGCAGCAGCAGCGCUAGCGGCGGCGACAGCGCACCCAUCGUCACGCUGCCUAGCGGCGAGGAGGUCCCCAACCCCUGGCGGGUUCUUGCAGCCAUGGUGGGCCGGGCCAUGGGCGCCGAGUCCCUCAACCCGGUAGCCUUUGUGGAGAACGAGGAGACCGACACGCAGGCAGGUCCAUUCUGGCGUGUGUGGUUGUACCGCAAUGUGGAGGCUCGGGAGGCGGUCGUAGCGUUCAGGGGUACGGAGCAGGUCAAGUGGAAGGACAUCGCUACGGAUCUCAACCUCACACCUUGCUCCCUAAAUCCGGAGCGGCUGGAUGACAACGAGGGACUGCCCUUCACUGCGCGAAUAAUUAAGGCGGUUUCCGGAGUUUAUCAACAACAGGUUUCGGGGCGGGGUGGUGGGGUGGGGGUCGUGCGGUUCAUGGUGCACAAGGGCUUUUUAAGUGCGUACGACAGUGUACGGCGGACGGUGUUUACCCUGUUGGACGAGAUUACGGGCGCCGGCGACAAGGGCGAUAAUUGGCGGGUGCUGGUGACGGGACACUCGUUGGGCGGGGCGCUGGCCACACUGGCGGCGUACGAACUGGCCGAGCGGAGGCCGCUACCCCCCCCUAGGCCCCCCAUCACCCUGACGCCAGCUCGCUCGGUCCAGAACAUCACCCUGUACACAUUCGGUGCUCCCCGUGUUGGCAACAAGGCCUUUGCGGAGGAGUUCGACCGGCUGGUUCCUGACGCGUGGAGGGUCACCAACAGCAAUGACAUCAUCCCCAGCGUACCCCGGCUGAUGGGUUACUGUCAUGUGGGACAUGCCGUACGACUGGAUUCGGAGGGGCAGCUGCGAAUUGGCCGCAGUAGUGCAGAGAGCACUGAUGUGUUUGGGGAGGGCAAGGCGGGUAUGGAGGUGAUCCAGGAGAUUGUCAGCAAAGUCAGUGAGCAGCCUGACAUGCGUCAACCUCAACAACGACAACAACAACCGCAAGCGCAGCCGCAGGCCCAGGGCAUGCGGCGGCGACUAGUUGGAGUCAUAAACACGUUUGGGAGAGCGAAACUGGCACCCGGUAAAUGGCUCCUUGACACUGGAGCUGAGGAUCACCUGACCUUCACACCUGAGGACGUGGAGGAUCUGACGCCGGAAGAGGCUGGAAGUGGCGCGUCUGACUUCUCCAUUCAUGUCCGGAUGCUCGUACGUACGGCGGAUUUCUUUUUGUUCAGUGCUGGCGGCGAGGGCGGUCGUCGGGAAGAGCAGGUGCCGGUGGUCGAAGGCCUCCCUUGCCUCGCGGCCCGCGGUCGCCUCCCUGACUUUACCCCCGGCCUCCGCAGCGUUCUGUUGGCGCUGCAGGACACCACCGCUCCCGCCGGCUUCCUCGCCAAACUCCCUCGCCUGGGCCUCCAGCAGUUGCCUGACCUCUCCUCCCUAACCCUCGCGCUCGUGAACGACCACCAGCUGCCCUCCUCCUCCCUCGCCGACCUUGCCGCCGCCGUACCGCCAUCCGUUACACGUCUGGUGCUGACCCAUAUGCUCGGCGGGGGAGGCGGCCGCGCCACAACCGACGGGGCCCCACCACUCGCCGGCACCUCUACUGCGGCGGUAGCGUUCCGUCAGCAGUUGGAUUACGGUGCGCUGCGGCACCUGCUACUGCUGUGUCCCCAAGUGCGGGAGGUGCGGCUGGAAGGAGGAUGCUGGGUGCGCAGCGGCGCCGACCUGCAGGCGCUUGCUGCCCUCACUUCUCCUAGACCAGCGGAUGGUGGAAGUAGCGGUGCGGGGUGUGGCGGUGUCAGCGGCGGCGGGGGCGGCGUCGUAAUCUCGUCCAUUCGCGGGAUGUAUCUGGAUACCGCCGACGGUUGCCUGAAACUGCCGAUGGUACUGGGUUCUCUUUGGGGCCUGGUGGGGUUGGAUGUGCAGCUGGUAGCGACGGCGGUACGGCAGGCGCCGGUGGCGGCUGCCGAUGCCGAUGCCGACGCUGGCGGCGUCGGCGGCCUGCUGGCGGACGCGGCGGCAGCACUAAACCUGGCUCAUUUGGGCCUGGCUUCGGAGCAGCUGCUGCGGGGCUUGGCGAUGCCGGCGCUGGCGGGCCUUACAAGGCUGGUGGUACGGGAAUUCCAGGGUAGUGCGACAGCACUCCUGGGCGCACUGGCGGGUCUGCCACUGCUGGCCCAUCUGGGGCUGUCCGGAAUGGACGACGCGCCGUACAUCAUUGACGUACACUUGGAACUGCUAGCGUGCCUGCCGAGUUUAAGACACUUGUCAGUGGACCGACUCGACAUCGCCCAGCAGCGGGGCCCACGGCACGCGCUACAACCGCCACCGCAAUUACAGCAGCAGCAGCAGCACCACCACCACCACCAGCUAUCAGGGCCCUACGGGGCCAUCCGAGGCAGCGAGGCCUACCCCGCGUGGGGACCUGCAGGCGGAGCCGGCGCCGGGGGGGGUAGCAGCAGCAGCAGCGGCGCCAGUAGCGCCAUUCUUCCGGGUCUUACAGGGCUGGACGUGGCCCUCGUCGUACAUUCCGUAACGAGGCUUCCACACGCGUUCCCAUCGGUUAAGGACCUAACACUCCGGUGGCUGUGGGAACAGACGAUGAGGAAGCUGGCGGGCUGGACCAGCCUCACCCGCCUCAGCUUGGCCAACCUGGAUUGUUGCCUGGACUGGGGCCUUAUGCGCACACUCACCGGGCUCACGGAGCUGCAGUUGUGUCGCGGCUCCUCCUACGAGCAGCUGGCGGAGCUGCUCUACCUCCUGAGGGCCAUACCCGGGUUGCAGGUCCUGAGGCUCAGCAACUGGCACUCCAUGAAUUUCUCGGGGCCGGACAGGAUGGCGGUCGGUCUAACCAGGGGUCGGGGGGCUGUGGCUGCUGGCGGCGCGGCUGCAGGCGCGGACGGGAGAGGGGAAGGCACAUCGGGGGGUCCGUUGACGGGCCCCUCUUGCUCAUCGUCUGGGGAGGUGGGUGCCGGGGGUGGUGCGGAUGCCGGAGGAGCUAUGGAGGGGUGGUGUGGCGGGGGGGAGGGCUCCAGGGCUGCAGCAGAGCCGCACAGGGGUUAUGGGCAGGGCGAGGCCAACACGGCGCUAGCGAUUGCGACGGCUUCGGCGCUGGAGGGCGACCAGCAGCAGCAGCAGCAGCAGGCGUCCACGUCCACAUCCUCCGUGCCUUUCUCUCAUUGCACGUCUCGCAGCCCACCCGUCACUUCCACCACCACCGUCGCUGCCGCUGCAGCCGGCAGCGGCAGUGGUGGAGGUUUAGGCGGCGGAGGCAGUGUUUCCGCUGCCGUCGCCGCCGCCUUCGCGGCCAUGGACCCCGACCUCUACCGCGCCUGGGGCCGCAUCCGAGCCGCCGCGGACGCCACGGCCGCCGCCAGCGCCGCCAUGGCUCUGCUUCGCGCGUUGCCGCGGCUGCGCAUUCUGGAGCUCUCAGACUGUGGCUACCCGCUACUGCGGUGCUUCUCCUCAAGAGCCCUCCUGGAGGACGGCGGACCGCUGACGGGGCUUCGGGAGCUGCAAUUGAGUCAGUUGAUGGACGUGGUUGGGUCCGAUGUUGAGGAGGCAGUGGCGGCGUUGCCGGGGCUCAGGCGUCUGGCGGUUCGGGGCUGCUGGCCUGUGGAUGGGGAGGCGCUGCUGCAGUUGGAGACGUUGCGGAGUGCGGGUGUGGAUGUGACGUGGCGGAGGUGA